GGUUAAUAAGUAAAGGAGGUGGUGUGGCCCUGUGUAUAAGAAAUAAUAUUAAAUCAUUAGAAAGGAAUAACAUAGGAUAGGAUGGGUUGAGUUGAGAAACGGCAAGGUAAAAGGACCUCCAAACAGCAGCCGGGAUGUGGAUUACAAAUUACAGCAGGAGAUAAAAAGGCGAGUCUGAAGGGCAAUGUCAUGAUCAUCGUUGGGGGUAUUAACAUGAAAGUGGAUUGCGAAAACCAGGUUAGUACUGGACCCCAUAAAAGAGGAUUUGUAAAAUGUACGAGGGAUGGCUUUUUAGAACAGCUUAUCGUUGAGCCCACUGGGGAAUUGGCUGCGCUGGAUCGGGUGUUGUGCAAUAAUCUGGAGGUGAUAAGAGAGCUGAAGGUUACAGAACCCUUGGGGAACAGUGAGCACAAUAUGAUUGAAUUCACUUUGAAAUUUGAGAAGGAGAAACUAAAUUCCAAUGUGUCAGUAUUUCAGUGGAAUAAAGGAAAUUGCAAUGGCUUGCGAGGGGAACCAGCCAAAGUUGACUGGAAGUGGAUGCUUGCAGGAAGGGCAGAAGAGCAGCAAUGGCUGGAGUUUCUGCGAAAAAUGAGGGAAGUGCAAGACAGAUAUAUUCCAAAUAAGAAAUUUUCAAGGGGAAGAAGGACACUACCGUGGCUGACAAGUGAAGUCGGAGCCAAAGUAAAAGCAAAAGAGACGGCAUACAAGGAAGCUAAAGCUAAUGGGAAGAUAGAGAAUUGGAGAUGAAUUAUGAAAGGAAGCUGGUGACUAAUGUCAAAGAAGAUACGAAAAGUUUUUCUAAGUAUGCAAAGGGUAAAAGUCAAGGGUAGAUAUAGGAGCAAUAGAAAAUGACGCUGGAAAUAUUGUAAUGAGAGAUGCAGAGAUGGCGGAGAAACUGAAUGCGUAUUUUGCAUCAGUCUUCACAGUGGAAGGCAUUUGAAGUAUACCGGCCAUUCAGGAGUGUCAGGGAAGUGAAGUAUGUGCAGUGAAAAUUACAACUAAGAAGGUGCUCAGGAAGCUGAAUGGUCUGAGGGUGGAUAAAUCUGGAUCUGAUGGAAGGCACCCUCGGGUUCUGACGGAAGUUGCUGGAGAGAUUGCAGAAACAUUAACAAUGAUCUUUCAAGAAUCAAUAGAUUCUGGCAUUGUACCAGAUGACAGGAAAAUUGCAAAUGUUACUCAGCUAUAUAAGAAGGAUGGAAGGCAGAAGAAAGGAAACUAUGGACCUGUUAGUCAGUCAUCAGUGGUUGAGAAGUUGUUAGAAUCGAUUAUUAGGGAUGAGAUUACGAAGUACCUGGAGACACAUGACAAGAUACAUCAAAGCCAGUAUGGUUUCCUGAAAGGAAAAUCCUGCCUGACUAACCUUCUGCAAGUUUUUUAGGGAAUUACAAGCAAUGUGGACAAGAGAGGUGCUGUAGAUGUGGUGUGCUUGGAUUUUCAGAAGGCCUUUGACAAGGUGCUGUACAUGAGGCUGCUUAGCAAGAACAGAUGUAGCUGAGAAACUCGUGCCUUUGAAAGAGACUAUGAUGGAGAAAACAUGGAAGUCAUGGAACUAUGUCAGGAAAUGGCUGAUUGUCUUGAUAUCAUGGUCCUGGAGUCUGUGCCGAAUUUCACUACUAGCUCUAAUUUUAACCUUCCACUUGUAUGGAGGCAUCUUUUUGCUUUUUCUGAUCCUUGCAUCAGUAGCAGGUAUAUUGUACAAAUUCCAGGAUGUACUCCUCUACUUCCCAGAGCAACCACCUUCGUCACGUUUGUAUGUUCCUGUACCUACUGGAAUCCCACAUGAAAAUCUUUUUGUUAAAACCAAAGAUGGAAUCCGACUUAAUUUGAUUCUGUUGAGAUACACUGGAGAUAAUGCUUCAUAUUCGCCAACCAUAAUCUAUUUCCAUGGCAAUGCUGGUAAUAUUGGUCACAGGAUACAAAAUGCACUGUUGAUGAUGGUCAAUCUAAAAGUUAACGUACUACUUGUAGAUUAUAGAGGUUACGGAAGGAGUGAGGGGGAACCGAGUGAAAAAGGCCUUUACUUGGAUUCAGAGGCUGUGUUGGAUUAUGUUAUGACCAGACCUGAUCUUGAUAAAACCAAAAUAAUCUUAUUUGGUCGUUCUUUGGGUGGCGCAGUUGCUAUUCACUUGGCCUCAGAGAAUCCACAUAGGAUUUUUGCAAUAAUUAUUGAGAACACCUUCCUCAGUAUCCCACAUAUGGCCAGCACUUUGUUCUCCUUCUUUCCCAUGAGGUAUCUUCCACUUUGGUGCUACAAGAACAAAUUUUUGUCCUACAACAAGAUUGCACAGUGCAGGAUGCCAUCCCUUUUGAUUUCUGGAUUGUCAGACCAGCUAAUUCCACCAGUCAUGAUGAAACAACUCUGUGAGCUGUCUGCAUCACGGACUAAGAGACUAGUCAUUUUUCCGGAUGGAACUCAUAAUGAUACCUGGCAGUGCCAGGGCUAUUUUGCUGCUCUUGAACAAUUCAUCAAAGAGUUAUUAAAAAAUAAUUCACAUGAAGAAGUAAAAACCACAUCUAAUGUAACAAUAAUAUAAUUUUUUCUGUAUAUAGUGUAAACUUUACAUGUGUAUGUACAGAAAAGAUGAAGGUUAACUUGGAAGUCAUUAUUGAAUAUUUUAUCACUAGUGGUAGAAUAUUUUUACCUGUUUCAGUGCAUGAAAGAAGUAUACUGAUGUUUCAUACAGUUUGUUGAUCUGAUCAGCUACGUUGUUCAAUACUGUAAUAAGAGGUUUCUUUUAGUGAGCACUGUAUGAAUUAAACAUUUUAUUUAUUCCCCUUUUGCAUUAAAAUGAUUUAAUUUUGUCAGCAAUUUUGUACCUUUUGCAGUUGACAGAAUUCUCUAUGGACCAAAUGCAUAGUUACCUUUUUUCAGAAGAGACAAGUGCUCCAUGUUCAAUUAAGUUGAGACUAGUUUAUCCUCAUUUUAAUUGUUAAUAAAUAAAAAUGUGUGAUUGGAUUAUUAUGAAUUUUGAGAUUUUAUUUCCUUAACUCUUUUGUUGCCCAUGAGCAUGAAUGUUUCAGCUCCAUCACCUGUGUUGUAACUAAAUGUAUUCAAUAGAUGACAGUAGAAAAAGUAAACUUCUUUUGAGAUUUUGAAUAGACUAAAUUGAUGUGGAUUCUUGUGGAACCAAUCCACCCAUUCAAUUUAAAAAGUGAAAUGUAGUUUGUUGAAAUUCUAUAAUUUUAGCAUUGAUCCAGUUUCCUGUACAACUAUUGAGACCUAUUGGCUCUAGUAGCUCUUAAUUGUAUUUUAUUUGUAUUGUUUUAAGCAUUGUUUUUGUUCCAACUUUUGAAGUUAGUCUGAUAUUUACAAGAUCACUUUUCUGUAUUUCUCUACCUCCAGAAAUCUGUUGUUUCAAGUUUACUUUGUAAGUCCUAUUGUGGCGAAAAUGUGUUUCAUUACAUACAAUCAAAGUAUGAAACAUUAAACACAAUAAAGUGUUUUUAUACUUCAACAGAGCUGUAAUAAAACAUUUAAUCCUGCUUGAUGUAUUAAAUUCAGAAACACAGAAGUUGAAACCUGCUGUUCCACAUAAGAUUCCUUCGUGACAAAGUGAAGUGUUCAAAUUGCAUCACAUUUAGGAAUUACUAAAAACCCUGCCUUCUAAUGUGAAGAGCCAGUUGCUUAAAAAUAUAAAGAAUUUUUCUUAGUUGAUGUUAUUCAUAUUAUCAAAGAAGUAAUUUGAAUCUUUGGUGUCCUAACUUUGAAAAUUGCUUCAGUUCAAAGGAUUAAACCAAAGAGAUAUCACGGCAGUAAGAAAAGUUCACAGUAAGUUUAUGUGCUUUUGGAGAUGUCUUGAAAUUACUGCUAUUCUUGGUAUGUAUGAAAUUUUUUUUAAAAAUCUUUCUGUCGUUUGACACUAUUCACCUUUAACCUUUAAUUGCUCUUGGAUUGGUAUUGUAGUUAUUGUAUAGAAGUGAUGUAAGACAACUUUGCUUAUAUGCAAAGUGUAGUUUCAUUGAAAAUGUGUUUGCACCAUGUAUGCUAACACACAUAGUUUUUCACUAUGCAUUCUACCAGUAGUAUUGCUAAAUUUAAAUGUGAUUUCUUAUAUGAAAUACAAAAUACAAAUUUUUUUUGAAAGGUUUGGAAUUUUCUGUAAUUCUGCACUAUAAUAUUUUGUCUAAAUUUUUUUUGCCUCAGCUGACACUUGUAUCUGUUCCAGAAGGUCUUUACAUUCUAGUUUACAACCUUGUCCAGAAGAUUUGAUUGAAGCUUCAAUAACUAAAUUUGCAACAUGCUUAACGUGCUGUUGCCCAUGCCAAUCACAGGAAUGGUACAUGAAAUGAAAAUUGAUUCUUUCUGAAGUUUAGCAAAUCGUGGUUUACAUAUCUGAUUCUUGGAGCAGCAAGUCUGCAAGUGUUCUGUUUUUCUGAUUUCCUGUAUAUUCUUAAAAUAAAGUUUAUUUAAAUUUU